AUGAAGGGGUUUUUUUUCCUCCUCUUAACUAGUCUCCUGGUGCUAGUCCAUUCACACAUCAUUCUGGAAGAGAAGAAGGAUGGAACUAACAGUGGAAGUGUAAUGAGGUUUUCAGAGCUGCUCCCGCCUAUCUCUAUUGUGGAUUUGACAAAGAGAUCACGAAGAGUAAGCAGAGUGGAUGCUGAAAAAAAUAAAAUGGCAAAGAGAAAAGUUCCCCCCAAAAAGAAGCCACGACCCCCUCCUCCGCCAAAUUGUGUUCCUCUUCUUGCAAGCUGCAAAGCACCGGCCGCACCCUGCUGUGAUCACUGUGCGAUCUGCCAUUGCCAGCUCUUCCAGACAGUCUGCUAUUAUAAGAUGGGCUACCCCAACUGUUAGAAGGGAACACCUUUGGGGAAUCAAGAGCAGCAGCAUUGUAGCAGUUGUUACAGUAACUAUAAAAGCUAGAUUAUUCUAGGUCUAAAGACUAGACUUGAAAAAAUAAUGUAUACACAAUAUACAGUACAGUAUAUAUAAAAAGCACCAACCACCUCUUUCCAAGUGGUGCCUUACAAUCCAUAAAUUAAUGAUUUAAUAGUGAACAGCCAUAUUGCUGUGGUAUAACUUCAGUGUGUUUUAUAUGUAUCUUGUAAUGAGACAUAGAACCUUACCAUGGAAGUAUCUUAUAAAAACACAGAUAUCAUGAGAAAAUACACCCUAUUUAUAAGGGAGAUGUUUUCUUUAGAGCUCAAAUGAACCCUGUUUUUAUUUGUUUCUUUUAUUUAUGAGGACGCAGUUUGCUGUGGGCCCAGACCAUCCCUUCUCUGAAUAAUUUGUACUUAAAGGGGUUUUCCACUUUCCAACACUUUUUUUUAUCAAAAAAAAAAUCGAAGUUUUAUUUGCGGGUGGAUCGGCCGUUUUAAUUUGAAUUCGAAUCGUACGAAUCAAAGUAUCAUCGUAUUCUAUUCAAAGUUUUUUUUAUAAAA